UUUCCGACCGUGCCUCGAACGGAAAUAUUCGCUUGUCGCGAAUAAAGUUUUAACAGACUUGUGACGCGCUGCACGUACCAACGGUAAAUCAGCAGGAUCGAGUUGCUCUGCAUUUGAACGAUUCAUUCAACUGGAAGAAUAGCCAAGCGUAAUUCUUCUUCUCCCCGGCUUUGCUACAGGCAAGGCAAAAAGAAGGGAGAUUGAACUCGGCUUCGCACUAGCAAUGCCUAAUGUGCUGACAUGGAGACUGUAAGCCAGCCUUCACCAAGACACCUAGCAGCAAUGGCAAAGUCUAUGUGGAUAAAGGCACCAACCCAUUUGAUUUAUCGUGGGACUUCAACACAGACGGAGAAAUAGUCACUUGGGUGGAUCUGAUGUACAAAAAGCGUGGUUCUCCAGACGUAUUAAUCGCCAGAAAAAUUGGAAACCGACUCCAAGUCCCGAAAACCAGUAAUUAUUAUGGAAGAGUUACCGCUGGAAGCGGAAAAGCCACCUUUGUACUAUGGUACAUCGCUGAAAGCGACGAAAGGACAUUUGAAUGCAAGGUUUACUUCUCAUCAGUAUCCAACCCCUGGAUAAUGAGUGCUGUUAAGCUUAUAGUGGUUGUUAAACCGAAGAUCACUCUUAGGACAACUCAAGCCGUCGUGCUGACAGAAGGAAACACCAGAACGUUGCUAUGUGUUGCCAGUGGCAACCCUAAACCAUCUUACACGUGGUAUAAAAACAACGUUAAGGUUCAGGAAGAUCCCAACAACUCCAACUACACAUUAACAUCAGCCAACAGAUAUCAGACAGGCAUGUACCGAUGUGAAGCUGUUGUCACUGCCCCUGCACUGGGUCCAUAUAAGGCUGACUAUAACGUCAGUGUCACAGUAAGAUACAAGCCCCAACAUAAGGUUAAUAGUUUGGAGCGCAACGAAACCGUUUAUUUGGGGCGCGAUGCUAUGUUUUAUUGUCGAACAGAAGCAUUUCCUAUCGCGAUCCAGUACAGCUGGUUUAAGGAUGGCUUCCAGAUAUCCAAUUCAAGGGAUUACACGAUUGAUAAUUUUGGUUUUGGUGAGAGCAGACUAACAGUGAAGCAAGUUACAAAAAGUAGCGUUGGACGAUACUCUUGCUAUGGAAAUAAUGACGUUGGAAAUGGGAAGAAGAAAUCCGUUUUCUUAACUGUCCACUAUGCUCCUCUUCAAAUAACUUUGACACCAGAUCCAGCAGUUGUUAGACUCAAUAAAACUAUGAUCCUGGCUUGCCAAGCAGAUGCUCUUCCACUACCUCGAUACUCGUGGAUGUUCAACGGAAAAACUCUGACUAAAGCUGUUUAUAACACCUUAGAGCUAACCAGUGCACAAGUAAACGAUGCAGGAAACUACACAUGCGUGGCAGAAAACUUUUAUGGACGGAAAAACACGACAAGAGUUGUUAAAGUAGAAUAUGCACCUGCCGUUCAAACAUUUACUAUCGGAACUCCUAAAAACACUGUAAUUCAAGGAACAACAGUAGAGGUCACGUGCAGCGCAGAUGGUUACCCUGCGCCAACGUUCACUAUUAAAAGAGGAAAUAAAACCGUUAACAGUACAGGAGGGAGAUUUGUAAUACGUAACAUACAGCUCAAGGAAGAGGAUGCCAUGUACACCUGUGAGCCAAAUAAUACGAUAGGAACAGGUGCUAAGAGAGAAUUGAAGAUUACAGUGCAAGUUUCUCCGACAUUUUCUAGAAAAUUUCCAGAUUCCAAAAAGAACACGAGGGAAGGUGACAGAGUGUCUUACUUAUGUGUAGCUGAAGGCAAACCAGCACCAAACAUUACAUGGACUUUUAAAGGAAAGAAUCUUACCGACGAACCACCUUUCGUUAUCCAAACCACAGUUCUGGUAUCGUCUGAUAAACUUAAGACGACUCAGUCAAGCCUUGCUAUCGAAGAAGUAACUUGGAGAGAAGGUGGUACUUUCUCCUGCCUCGCAUUUAAUGAUGCUGGUCAAAAGAUACAAUCCACAGAACUGGAAGUCGAGUAUCGACCAGUUGUUCAGUCUUUGGCGGAUCACCCCAAAAAUCUCACUGUGGACGAGGGAAAAAAUGCAACUUUUUUUUGUAGAACAAAGGGUUAUCCACCUACAAUUUCUCACAAGUGGCAGUUUAACGGUGCCACAAUUUCCGGAGCUAACUGCUUUGCGUGUCCAUCAAUGACUUUCACAAAAUAUGAAGUCAAUAAAACUGACUCAGGAUGGUAUUCCUGUUCUGGAAGUAACAAUUUGGGUGAAGGUCCUUAUGCAAGAGCUUAUCUAACAGUAAAGUAUCGUCCAACAAUUAUCUCCUUACGAGAAGUGUAUACAGUAAACGAGACCGGAAAUGUUUCGAUGUUGUGUCGAGCAGAUGGCUUGCCAAAACCUACAAUAAUCUGGAGAAAGAAAGGCAGCGGUGAGGUUCUUGCAAAUGGUGAACAGUUUCAUCUCCUUAAUGCCCAAAGCACUGAUGAUGGUUCGUAUUCUUGUACUACAAGCAAUUACCUAGGAGAGGACACAAAAGAGGUCAUGUUGAAUGUUCAAACGCACCCAAAGAUCAAGAUCUCCAGCUCUGCAGACACAGUGAUACCUGGAAAUAAAGGAGACGUGGUGACAUUAAUUUGUACCUUCAGCGGCAAACCGCUUCCUCGUCCAUCAUGGAGAAGGCAACUUAAUGGGACUGAUCUGGGUGUAUUUAAUGGUUCUUACGUGAAAAACAUCUCUCAGAAGAACAACUCCUCUUUCCUGAACGUGAUUGUCAACAACACUGGUGAACAUUUUUAUUGUGUGGUUUCAAACCUUCUCGGAAGUGACAACUUGACAUAUACCAUACGAAGAAGAGGUGUUCCUGAUCCUCCAAGUGAUGUGAAACUUUCAGCUUUUAAGGUAGCUGAUGCUAAAACUGUGAGUGUGAAUGUCACCUGGACACCUGGAUAUAGUGGAGGAUAUGAACAAAAAUUUUCAAUAUAUUUUCGCGUGAAAGGAAGCGACAGUGACUUUGUUGAGAAAUAUGUCGGACCCUCAGAGGACAACUUGUACACCAUACAAGGACUUAAACCUAAGACCGAGUAUGAAUUUACUGUGCAGGCUUCCAAUAUAGCUGGCCUCGGUCAGAAGUCAACUUUAGUCAACGUUGUGACGCCAGAAUCCUCAAUACCAGCCAACAGAGGAAAAGUCAACGCAACAAGAAACCCAGAUGACGCCUCGCUGAUAUUGGUUGAGUGGACAAUAGAAGACAAAGUUGUCAGAAGAUUAAACCUUGAAAUCCAGGAGGGUGGGGAUGGUGACUGGAAGCCUGUUUCUGGAGCAAGUAACAUGAGUACCUCCAUAAAAAGAUUCACAGUAGGAGAUCUCAGGGUUGAGGAGGUAUACAGAUUCAGAAUGGACAUGAGAAGGCCAAGGGAGCAGAGACCUGUGUAUGUUUUUAGUGACGUUGUGCCAGCCGGUCAUACCAGCCCCAUACCUGAGAAGAGAGAAGAAAAGGUGUUUCUCUUCCCAACGUGGAUGAUUUCUGUUAUUGCUGGUAGUUCAGGAGCAUUACUUCUUCUCGUUCUUGUUCUCUGCCUUUGUCGCUGUAGGCGUCGUCGUAAAACAGUUGAUGAAGUUGGAAAAGGAAAAAAGAAUCCCACUUCAAGCUAUGUUGUAGGCGGUCCAGAUGUGGUUUCAACAACGGAAGGGAGAGGUUCGUGUGGAGCCCAGGAAUCUAUUGAGGACGAUCCGUUCGUUGUCGCUGCAUCCAUGCAGGCCUUGGAUUCAACGAAUGGAAGAAAGAAAAAACUUGAUGCCACUAUCAAUUACGGAUACGAGUCUGAAGCAGAGAUACUUCUCAAGCCGGGGUCGCGUCAGGAGAAAAAUGGCCACGUCGUGCAAAGCAAAGAAGAACCUGAGUCAAACUCAGCGUACCCGGCCAAAGGACCACAAAGAGAUUUCAACACAUUUGCAACAAGCGUUGAACUUGUUCGAACUCCAAGUAGAAACACAACGGCCGUCGAGAAUCCUGUCUACGUAGCAGUGGACGAAAAAGAGUCUUCCUCUCAACCGAAGGCGUCAACCUUACCUUUGCCUUCCAAAAACCAAAACGGUUCCAUUAAAGGACCUCUUGAUCCAACGGUACAUUAUGCUACGUCACAAAAGAAAAAGAUAACCAAACAGCCUCGUCAAGGGCCACUUGAGUCAGCAAAUGCUGAAUCUCCACUGCACAACACUUCAGAGGAUAAACCUCAACAGGAGCCUUCGCUUGAAGAUCUAGAUCUGGAUGACCCUUCCAGCCUUCCAGCUAGCGAAAGACCACCAGAAAAACCUACCCCCAUAGCCAUGUUGCCUAGCAGGAAUACAGCCAACACCUUCCCAAGAAAUCUAAAUAAAGGUUCACCCGGACCACCAGGAUUUUUUUAUAUACCUGUGAAUAGAAAGGCGCGAGCUCAAACUUACGGAGCAGAUAUGCCACAUCAACCACCUCCGCCAGGACUCCCAAGAAAGCGCUAUGCAACCGUUGAUGGUCAAUUAAAGAGGCUAAACUCACAGGGUUCGGAAGAUUCUCGAAGUUCCGAGUCGACACAAAAGACACACGCCUCAAAACCGGAAGAACCGACGGAUUGUGAAUGCGACAUAAGUGGAGUAUCGAAUAUGAGUUAUGUUAGUUACCUGGUGUGAAGAACAUAGAAUUGUUAAGAUGCCACGUCAGUUCUAAUUCGUAAUGUGUAAAGAUUUGAAUCGAGAGCACAAUAUGAAACUAAAGGACCUUGCACAAUAAAGAUCCGUACGCAUGCGCUUUUGUUUUUGAAAACUCGUCAACACCACCGAAUCUUUUGGCUCCCUAACGAAAACAGAGACUUUCUAGACGUAUUUUUUUUUUUAAACAAUUUAAACUGUAUAUUGUAGCUGAGUCAUUAGUAAGAAAUAAGAAAAUUGAAUAAUCGAAAAUGAAACUCUAAUGAGCUUUCUUUCAUUUGUAAGCAUAUGCUUACAUACCAAAUUAAAAGAAGUAAUGGUAGCCCUGGUAAACCGUUUAAGCUUCUUUAAGAAAAUGCAGACUAUUCCAGCCGUAUUCAGUUGAAAAAAAAAACCAGCUAUCCACCUUUCAGGAAGAGUUUUAGGUUUUACAAGAGAAAACAAAUGUAUUGCUUAGGUUGACAAAUUGAACUGUUACCCUUAGUUCUAAAUGCACCAGGAAAAUCCAUAUAGCUAUUAUUAGUAUUUCUAAACAUCAACUGAAAAAUAUAAGAUUUUUCAAAUGAAAGUAUAUGUUAUGUCUAUAAUAAAUGUUAAGCUAUAACUAACUUAGUUUACAGAAAAAAAUCUUUUUUUUUUGCAUACUUUUAAUGUUUUAGCUGAACUCAUUCCAAAUGAAAUUAAAUAAAUAGUGAGAACUUUA